CGUACGGACACCGCCCCCUGAACAGUUAGUAAUUCAGACAACAUGGCAGGGAGAGCGGGAGUCUUCUGUCUACUGUUAGUGUUGUUGUCAGCUCAGAACGUCGCUCCUCAGGGCAUCACAGACGAGCAGCAGGCCUGGGACUUCAUUUGGGACUACAACGCUAAAGCUGAGAAGGUUUUAUAUGACAGUGUUGUGGCUGCGUGGAACUACAACACGGACCUCACACCGGAGAAUAGUCAAAAACAGGUUGAAGCCAGCUUAGCAGAAGCAGCGUUCGACAAAGAAGUGGCUCAAAAUGCCUCCAGGUUUGACUGGCAGAACUUCAACAAUGCAACACUGAAGAGACUCUUCGAUAAAAUCAGCGGCCUUGGAACCGCAGCACAGACUGACCAGGCGAAGCUGGAGGAGCUUAACAACUUGCUCUCUGAGAUGGACAACAUUUACUCUACUGGGAAGGCGUGCGAGUAUGACGACCGGUCAAACUGUCUGGCGCUGAAUCCAGAUUUGUACGACUGUCUGGCCAAAAACCGUGACUACGACCGGCUGCGGUUCUGCUGGGAAGGCUGGCGGGACGCGGUGGGCAGGAAGCUGAAGGACAAAUAUCCACGCUUCGUGCAACUCAGUAACGAUGCAGUCAGCCAAGAUGCUCAGAACUGGGCAGACACCGGUGCCUACUGGCGCUCCUGGUACGAGACAGAUGACUUUCAGGAGCAGCUUGAGAACCUGUACAACCAGCUCCAGCCUCUGUACAACAACCUGCACGCUUAUGUCAGGAAGAAGCUGAGGGAACAGUACGGACAGGACAAAAUCAGUGCUACUGGACCCAUCCCUGCACAUCUAUUGGGAAACAUGUGGUCUCAGUCUUGGAUCAACAUCUACGACCUUGUGGAGCCUUACCCUGGCAAGACUAGUCUUGAUGUGACACCAAAGAUGCAGGCAGAUGGAUGGACAGUUGAUCGGAUGUUCCGCACAUCAGAUGACUUCUUCAAGGACAUGGGUCAAGUUGAGAUGCCGCAGAACUUCUGGGACCACUCCAUGUUCGUCAAACCAGCAGACAGAGAGGUGGUCUGUCACGCGUCAGCAUGGGACUUCUACAACGCUCAUGAUGUCAGGGUUAAGAUGUGCACCAACAUAAAUAUGGAUGAUCUGGUCACCAUCCACCACGAGAUGGGUCACAUCGAGUACUACCUACAGUACAAACAUCAGCCUGUUCCAUUCCGGCGUGGGGGGAACCCGGGUUUCCAUGAAGCAGUGGGAGAUCUGCUGGCUCUGUCCGUGUCCACUCCAACACACUUACAGGGCAUCGGCCUCCUAGACACAGUGGAUGACGACGAUCAGUCUGACAUCAACUUCCUGAUGAGUAUGGCCCUGGACAAGGUUUCCUUCCUGCCGUUCGGAUAUCUGAUGGACCAGUGGAGAUGGGGAGUUUUCAACGGCUCUAUCACCCCGGAAACAUACAAUCAGGAGUGGUGGAAGCUCAGGACUCAUUACCAGGGCAUCGUGCCACCUAUCCCGAGGAACCACGCCAAAGAUUUUGACCCCGGAUGCAAAUUCCACAUCCCUGGCAAUACCCCUUACAUCAGGUACUUCGUGAGCUUCAUCGUUCAGUUCCAGUUCCACAAGGCCCUGUGUGACACUUCCGGACACACCGGUCCGCUGCACAAGUGCGACAUCUCUGCAGGGCCCAACAAGGCAGCCGCUGGGGAAAAACUGGCUCAAAUGCUCCAGAUGGGAUCUAGUCAGGUGUGGCCGGACGCCAUGGAGGUGAUCACCGGACAAAGAACGAUGUCAGCUCAGCCGAUCCUGGACUACUUCCAGCCACUCAUCACAUGGUUGGAAACACAGAACCAGGGAGAGACACUCGGCUGGGACGAAAGCUGGACUCCUCGUUAUGACUGCGAGGCGACCGACGGCUUCACCUGUGCUGACGGGUCCAAGUGCAUCCGGCCAGGGGAUCGCUGUGACGGAGUUAAUGACUGCGAUGACAACUCCGAUGAAAAAGACUGUCCCGUCGCAUCGGCACAGAGUGUCACUGUUUCCAUGGCGACCACCUUCAUCUCUUCUGUCGUCUGCAUCCUGAUUGCAAUAAUAGUUGGUAAAGCGGGCAAGAUGGCAGAAAAGGCUGGGGUUCUCUCUUUACUGUUAGUGUUGUUGUCAGCUCAGAAUGUCGCUCCUCAGGGCAUCACAGACGAGCAGCAGGCCUGGGACUUCAUUUGGGACUACAACGCUAAAGCUGAGAAGGUUUACUAUGAUAGUGUAGUGGCCGCGUGGAACUACAACACGGACCUCACACAGGAGAAUAGCCAGAAACAGAUUGAAGCCAGCUUAGCAGAAGCACGGUUCCAUAAAGAAGUGGCUCAAAAUGCCUCCAGGUUUGACUGGCAGAACUUCAACAAUGCAACACUGAAGAGACUCUUCGAUAAAAUCAGCGGCCUUGGAACCGCAGCUCAGCAGGACCAGGCGAAGCUGGAGGAGCUCAACAACAUACUCUCUGAGAUGGACAACAUUUACUCCACUGGGAAGGCGUGCGAGUAUGACGAUCCGUCAAACUGUCUAUCGCUGAACCCAGAUUUGUACAGCUGCAUGGCCAGCAGCCGUGACUACGACCGGCUGCGGUUCUGCUGGGAAGGCUGGCGGGACGCGGUGGGCAGGAAGCUGAAGGACAAAUACCCACGCUUCGUGGAACUCACUAACGAUGCUGUCAGUCAAGAUGCUCAGAACUGGGCAGACACCGGUGCCUACUGGCGCUCCUGGUAUGACAUACCUGACUUUCAGGAGCAGCUUGAGAACCUGUACAACCAGCUCCAGCCUCUGUACAACAACCUGCACGCUUAUGUCAGGAAGAAGCUGAGGGAACAAUACGGACAGGACAAGAUCAGUGCCAGUGGACCAAUCCCUGCACAUGUGUUGGGUAACAUGUGGUCUCAGUCCUGGAUCAAUAUCUACGACCUUGUGGAGCCUUACCCUGGCAAGACCAAUAUUGACGUGACACCAAAGAUGAAGGCCGAUGGGUGGACAGUUGAUCGGAUGUUCCGCACAUCAGACGACUUUUUUAAGGACAUGGGUCAAAUCGAGAUGCCGCAGAACUUUUGGGACAACUCCAUGUUCGUCAAACCAGCAGACAGAGAUGUGGUCUGUCACGCGUCUGCAUGGGACUUCUACAACGCUCAUGAUGUCAGGAUUAAGAUGUGCACUAACAUAAACAUGAUGGACCUGAUCACCAUCCACCACGAGAUGGGGCACAUCGAGUACUUCCUACAGUACAAGCAUCACCCUGUCCCGUUCCGGGGUGGAGCAAACCCGGGUUUCCAUGAAGCAGUGGGAGAUCUGCUGGCUCUGUCCGUGUCCACUCCGAAACACCUACAGAGCAUCGGCCUCUUGGACACUGUGGAAGACGACAACGAAUCUGACAUCAACGUCCUGAUGAGUAUGGCUCUGGCCAAGGUUUCCUUCCUGCCGUUCGGAUACCUGCUGGACCAGUGGAGAUGGGCGGUCUUCAACGGCUCUGUCACCCCUGAAACGACUCGUUACCAGGGUAUCGUGCCACCUAUCCCGAGGAACCACGCCAAAGAUUUUGACCCCGGAUGCAAAUUCCACAUUCCUGCCAACGCCCCUUAUAUCAGGUACUUCGUGAGCUUCAUCCUUCAGUUCCAGUUCCACAAGGCCCUGUGUAAUAUUUCCGGACACACCGGUCCGCUGCACAAGUGUGACAUCUCUGCAGGGCCCAACAAGGCGGCCGCUGGGGAAAAAUUGGCCCAAAUGCUCCAGAUGGGGUCCAGUCAGGUGUGGCCGGACGCCAUGGAGGUGAUCACCGGUCAAAGAACGAUGUCAGCUCAGCCGCUCGUGGACUACUUCCAGCCACUCAUCACAUGGUUGGAACAACAGAACCAGGGAGAGAUACUCGGCUGGGACGAAAGCUGGACUCCUCCUUAUGACUGUGAGGCGACCGACGGCUUCACCUGUGCUGACGGGUCCAAGUGCAUCCGGCCAGGGGACCGCUGUGACGGAGUUAACGACUGCGCUGACAACUCCGAUGAAAAGAACUGUCCCGCCGCAUCGGCACAGAGUGUCACCGUUUCCAUGGCGACCACCUUCAUCUCUUCUGUCGUCUGCAUCCUGAUUGCAAUGCUGAAUUAGAGUCGUAACCAUCGCUGGUCAAAGGCAUAAACAACUACGGGGAACAAUAUCAGUCUCAAUUUUCUUCAAAAGGGUUCAAAAUCUAUAAUACUAUUCUUGCAAGCUCAUACCCGAAGGCUAAUUACAAACACAAAAAAGUAAUUACUCAAGCAACUGGAUAUGGUUUUGAAACGGUCAGACGUUUCGGAUAGAAUCCACUAUCCUUCG